AGUUCACUUCGCAUCUCAUGGCGAGGCCUUCUGACAUGGCUCAGACUCAGCUGCAAUAUCAGGCUCGGGGCUGGCCUUCCCCACUGCCUAACAGCCACCAACAUGUACCCAGCAGAAGUCACCUAUGUUUACAGCGACAGAUAGUGAAUUAGGCUUGCAGGCUGGAGAGGUGGCUUAGUGCUUAAGAGCACUGGCCGCUCUUUCAGAGGACCUGAGUAGAGUUCCCAGCACCCACUUGGUGGCUGAACACGAUCCUGAACUCCAGUCCUUUGGUUUCCAACACCCUGUUCUGGCCAGAUGGUUGGGAGCCACCAUGUGGUUACUGGGAUUUGAACUCAGGACUUCUGGAAUAGCAACCAAUGCUCUCAACUGCUGAGCCGUCUUUUCUCAACUGCUCCUCACCACACACUCACCUCAUUUUUAAGGUCUUAUCAGUUGAAGGAUAAAUUGCUGAUUGAAUCCUCCUGUUGCCAGUUAUCCUAGUUUACAGUAUCCUUUCUACCUAGCCAGGAAAAAUAUAAUUUAUUUCACAACUUUGAAAAAUAUUUUGUCUGUUAAAAACCAAAAAACAAAGAACCAAAAUGAUUUGAAUUAGAUAAAAAAGGUAUGAUUCUGGAUCAAAUGUUUCUGGAUAACCUCUGGCUUAUCAGUCCUCGUGAGCAACUUUCCAGCCCCUUCUUUAGUCCGUUUGGGUUUUUAUAAGUGAGCAGUAACUGUCAUGAUGUUCAGGGGGGAGACACCCAGUCCCUCAGCAUCCUGUGAGUGAGUACUUUAAUCCCUCACAGUGUCUCGGGACACAGACUAUCAAAGUCCACUUGCAAGACUCUCUCUAGUUGUUAUGCCUUUCUUAUGGUCUUCUCCCUGUGAACACUUCUGUCCCUUCCUUUCUCCUGAAGAAGACAACCUGAGCCCUCACUUGUUUAUACUCACUCCUUUCUCACAGGUAUACGCUUGCUUCCUGCUUCGUUCUUUCUCUUCUCUUGUGCAUGCUAUAUAUUAUACUUCUAUAAUCAGGACAUUUGUGCAAGGGCGUCCGCUCAUGUGUGCAUGUUUGUGUGGUGAGCAUUCAGGCUCACGUUUCUUUUAUUUUGUUUUGUGUUUCUCUUUGUGAGACUGUCCAGGAACUCAUUCUGUAGACCAGGCUGGCCUUGAACUCACAGCGAUCCACCUGCCCCUACCUUCUAAGUGCUGGGAUUAAAGGCAUGUAUCACCACUGCCCAGCUCUUUUCUUUUUUGUUUAAAGAUUUAUUAUUAUUAUUAUUAUUUCUAUUAUUAGUACUAUUAUUUUGUUCAUAUGGGUGUUUUGCCUUAAUGUAUGUCUGUGUACUGAUGUGUGCCUGGUAUUUGCCAACAUUGGAUUCCUCCAAACUGGAGUUACAGAUGGUUUUGAGCUACCAUAUGGAUGCUGGGAUUCAAACUCAGGUCCUCUUGAAGAGUAGAGAGUGGGUUGCUGGAUUAUCUCUCCAGCCCCUGGAUAAUAUAAUUUCAUUUUAGUUUGCAGUAAAUAAAUAAAACUAAUGAGAGCUGCUAGCUAGGUGAAAUUAAUCCUGUUCUGUGUCUACCUGUUAAAGUACCUUUUGAAAGUCAAAUUUUAUUGAGACAAUUUAUAUAUAAUAAAAUGUAUCCAUUUUAGUAUAACUUAUUAAGAUCUGAUAAUUCCAGAUCUGGAAUUAAUAAGAUCUAUAUGUCCCAUGUGUAUGCAGUGCCUGUGGAGACUGGAAGAGGGCACUGGGUCCCCUGUAACUUUAGUUAAAGAGUAUGUGAGCCCCCAGUCCUCUGCAAGGUCUAUGCAUGCUCUAACCCCACUGACUCAUCUCCUUUCAUGUAAUAGGCAAACGCUCUGUGUAUGGGAAGGACGUUCCCAAGGCCAAAGGCAGCUUUUAUUCUCUCUUCCUUCCUCUUUCCUUCUUUCCCAGCUUUUCUUUCUUUCUUAAACUGUGUAGAUCCAGAUAUUCUAGAUUUCGCUACACCAGAUUGGCAUCAAAUUUAGAGUAAUCCUUUUGCUUUUGCUUUUUGCUUGAUUUCUGGGCUACAGAUGUAUACCAUUGUGCACAGUUCAAAGUAAGCUGUUUUAUAAAAGCAUGAGACAGAGACAGAGACAGAGACAGAGAGGGAGAGAUAGAGAGAGAGAAAGAGAGAGAGAGAGAGAGAGAGAGAGAGAGAGAGAGAGAGAGAGAAGACACUGAUAACAGAAUAGAACCAGGGAUAUGGCUCAGUGAUUAAAGUACUUGUUCUUUGCUCUGCAAGUGUGAGAUUAGCAUUCAGCCUGGAAGUUUGGUCUCAGAAGGCAGAACCAGCCUCCCUGAGCAAGCUGACUAGAAGAGUGUCUGCAUAAGUGAGCACCGAACUGACUGAGAGACCCGGCCUCAGGAAGGAAACUAGGAGAGAUCAGCCUGUAACUUCCACACAUGCAUCUAAGCCAUAUAAAUACACAUAUGAAAAAUGGGAGAACAAAGACUACAGCGUAAUUAGUAUUGUACAACGGGAAUGUGUCAGAAUUGCAGAUGCUCCUCCUCCUCCAAAAGGGACGCCAGUCCCCACCUCCACCCCACCAUUUAGAUUAAAACUGGAGCACAAAGCUGCAUUCCUAGCCCUUUGGGGUGUUGUUUGCUUGUUUGUUUGUGAGAUUGGUCUGUUGCUCUUUAGUUUAGGUUGGGCUCUUCCUGCCUCUACUCCCUCACCGCUGAGACUUCACACUGACAUCAUCCGACCCUGAUACCCUUUUAGUCUCUUUAAUUUCAACCAUUAUGGUUAUAAUUUGUAGUUUGCAGAUACACCCUGAUGUUGUUACAUCAUUGGCCCAAACACCUGUCAUGUUUACUGAGGGUUUGUUGUUAGUUGAAGUCUUUCCUGUCACAUAUAGAAGUCAGCGUCUCUAAUAUUUCAAAGACUCAAACAGCCAUACGUGUCUACACAAGCAUGAGUUGGAAGUGGCGAUGGAAGGCUGGAAUGGAGCUUAGAGAAGGCCAGCUAGUUGGCCGUGUUGUGUGACUAGGAAGUCACAACAGGAUGUUGUUCUGUACAUCUGUGACCUCCGCACUGGAGACUGAAGCAGAAUUGUGGUUUCAGAGCCAAACUGGACUACACAGUGAGACACAGUCGUCCCCAUAUAUUACUCAAUUAAAAGCAGAAGGGUGAAAAAAUAGUAGAUUUAGGAUGUUUCCAGAUUUUAAUAACUAAAGCUUCUGGUCCUGAAGUAAUGGUUUGAAGGCACUGACUAUUCUUCCAGAGGAGCCAGGGUCAACUCCCAGCGUCCAUGUGCAAGCUCACAACUGUCUGUAACUCACGCAUAUAUUGCACAGGCCUUGCAGGCAAAAGAAAGCUUCUAUAAACAUUUAUGUGCCUCUUUUAAAAACUUUAAUCACUCAAAUAGCUGUUUGCUGGCAGUCACCUCAAGAAUGUUAGACACAUGAAAUCUUAUUGUAUGGACUGUUAAAAUUAGGGAGCUUGAAGUUGUAUUAAUGUUUCAAAAUGUGAAUACCUUUUGAUUCUUUGACAUUCUUUCAUUCUUGUGAAAUGCUUGCUCAAAUAUUUCUCCCAUUUAAAUUGUUUUUCACAUCAUUACUGUUUUGUUUCCUAGCUGUUUUGACCAUAGGGCCUUGAGUAAGUGUGUGAGACUUAGCUAGACACACCAGUCUCCAGACUCCUCUAUAUAAGAAGCUCUAUGUAAUCUUAACCACGGGAAUUAAUUCUAGGAUUUACUAAUUGCUUAGUUGUUAAUGUUUCAAGAGCUAUUAACUGAAUUAUCUCACUUAAAUCCAUAACAUAUCUAGGAGGUUACAUGAAACUAUCAAACAUUAGGUAAGAUUCAAGAGAUACAAUCUUUUUUUUUUUUUUUUUUUUUUUUUUUGAGGUCUUUGUGUAACUUUAAUUCGUGUGGCUCAGUCUCUACUCUAUUGGGCCUCUUUGAGCUCGUUGCUAUAGACACCAUGUGUGUUCAGUGGGGCCUGGGAACUGGGCGCUCACCAUUCCUCUGCAUGCAAGAGAUACAAUCUUAAUAUGACUUUAGGCUACAAAUAACUACAAUGUUCUAUGGUAAGUAUAACAAUAAAAUUACAUAUAAUAAAAAAUAAUAUCUCAAAGUACGCUUUCUUUAGUUGGUGUGGAGCAGCUCUCAUGCCUACCAGGCCGCACUAUGUUAUAGCCCUAAAAUGAAUUUUUCAAUAGGCACUUAUUAGACUAGAGCAGAGAAAGGGUACUGUUUUAGUUUGUGAUUGAAAGAGCAAAAUGCUAGAGAAGAAGUAACUUAGAAGAAAGGGUUAUUUGGCUCACUGUUGUAGACGCUGAGAAACCAAGAGCAUAGUUCUGCUCUGCCAUCUGCUUAGUGGUCACCGUGGUUACAUCAAAAGCUGGCAGAAGACAUCACAUGGUGAGACACAGCAACUUUGUCCAGGAGAGCUGGCUUCUGUAUGACAUGGCCCCUCUCCUGAUACUCACAAAUUAACAAGUAGAGGUCUAUAAAGGCAGCACUUACAUGGGUCAGUCAUUUUCCUGAUAUAUUAGCAUGUGAUUUGGGGAAUCAUCUCCAUACCACCACUCGAGAGAGGGUUUCUUUGUGUAGCCCUGGUCGUCCUGGAACUCACCAUGUAGACUAGGUCGGCCUCCAAUUUUUAGGCAAGCUCUAUACACUGAAAAUGUAUUUCCAGCCUACCUCGUGCAUUUCUACUUUAACAUUCAUUUCUUGUUCCUAAUCCUUAGCAACCACUAAUCUGUCAAUCAAUCUAUGGCAGUUUUGCCACUUCAACAGUGUUGUACAAGCUGAGUGGUGGCACACACCUUUGACCUCAGCACCAGGAAGCAGAAGCAGGCAGGUCUAUGUGAGUUUGAGGCCAGUCUGGUCUGCAGAGUUAGUUCCAGGACAGCCAGAGUUACACAGAGAAACCCCGUCUUGAAAAACCAAGAGGAAGAAAAGAAUGUUGUACAAAUGAAGUUAUGUAGUAUGUACUUUUAUAACUAGGUCAAUCAGUUCUCAACCAGGACAGUAGUGCUCCUUAAGGAGGAAGAGGAGGAGGAGCAGGACAAGGAGGGGCUCCUCAGUUAGCACAGUUCUAGGACUGCCUUUGCUUCUGGCACCCCGUAAGCUUGGGACAGUGGUUGGUGGUAGUUCCUGGAGCUACACUGACUUCAGAAACUCAACAAAAGCUGUUUUGUGAUUACAAUUAUCACAGUGUUAUUACAGAGGAAGGCAUCGCAUCAAAGCUCAUCUAAGGAGGAGGUGGGGCGGACUGAAGUUCCAUACAUAAAGGUUCAAACUUUCUGGAUGGAUUCCGGUCUGAGCUCUGAGAUAUGACAACACAUAUGGAAGACUCCUCAUAAGCCUCAAUGCUGUAGCACAUAACUCGUUAGUUACUUAUUUACCUACUUGGCCUCAGCAUUAAGAUCGAUAGAUCCUAGGUAACCCAAAUCCUUCCAUCUAAAUCACAUAGUUUUGAUGGCCAACUCUACCUCAGAAUCCAAGAUUUCUAACUCCUGAUCUGAAGAGAGGCCCUCCUUUUAAGUAAAACAUAAAUUACUCCUGGAAAUCAAGGACAGAGCCAAAUUGAUUGUAUUGAGACAUUCUACUGUAACCAUGCUGUUUGAGAACCCUGAUGUUUCUCCUCUACCUUCCAAUUGCUUAUAUUAUAGCCCUACGUACACAACAAAGCCAGAUCUCUUACACACAUUGUGUGACUCACAAUCUCAUUUAAGGGUUGAAAAUGUAUAGCCUUUGACAAGUUGAUUCACCUCAUCCACUCACUCUUUUACCACAUAUCUUGCAUUGAAUGUGGUAUGUGUUGCUCCAAGUGCAUAGAACACAGUUUUCCAAAGAGCUUUCUUUCCUGAUGUAAGUUUUAAGCUUUCCCCUUUGGUUCUGUAGUUCUCCUCUAGCCAAAUUUCCGACUAAUAAAGAACAAAGUUUCCUCAGUUGAGUUGCACUGCAGCCUUCCUACUUCUAGUUUGUGCUCCUACUGCAGUGAUGGGUACCAUGUCCAGAAGCAGCUUGGGAAGGGAAAGGGUUAUUUGGCCUCCACUUCUACUUCACUGUUUGUCAUCAAAGGAAGUCAGGACAGGAACUCAAACAGCUCAGGAGCCUGGAGGCAGGAGCUGUGCAAAGUCCAUGGAGAGGUGCUGCUUACUGGCUUGAUUUUCAGAACCUGCAUAUCUUGUUCUCUUAUAGAACCAGGACCACCAGCCCAGGGAUGGCACCACCCACAAUGGGCUGGGCCUUCCCCCAUCAAUCACUCAUUAAGAAAAUGCCUUACAGCUAUGGUUUUCAACCUUCCUAAUGCUGCGACCCUUUAAUACAAUUCCUCAUGUUGUGGUGACCCCAAACCGUAAAAUUAUUUCAUUGCCACUUCAUAACUGUAGUUUUCUACCAUUAUGAAUCAUAAUAUAAAUAUCUUAUAAUCAGACUAUCUAAUAUGUGGUCCCCAAGGGGGUUGAAGCCCACAGAGUGAGAACUGCUGCUCAGAGGCUUGCGUAUAGCCCAAUUUUAUGGAUGCAUUUUUUCAAUUGAAGUUCCCUCCUCUCAGACAACUACAACUUGUGUCAGGUUGACAUAAAAAUAGCUAGUACACCACUAAAUGAAAUGAAUGCAUUCAGUAACCUCUUAUAAUAAGUUUUCAAAACUUUUUGGACUAUUAUUAAUAUUUACUUCUGAACAUAUUCAAUAAAUGCUUGUGAACAUGUAGAAAAGGUCAUGAGAGAGAUGGCAGGAUUGCAUCAGGGACUGGGGUGAUGGAUCAGGAGGUUAGAGCCUUCGGUGUCUAAGUAGGAGAGCUGAGUUCCUAUCCUCAGCACGCACAUUGUCUCCUUAUAGCUUAGUGUGACCGUUACCUGUAACCCCAACAGAAACAAGCUUGGUGGGGCUUACUGGCUGUCAGCUUUGCUUAAAAUGAUGAGCUAACGUUCUAUUUUAAGGUAGUAAAGGGCGAGAAUGAUAGAGGACAGACAGCAGACAUCUCCCUCUAACCUCUACAGAUACACGCGUGCACACAUAAAAGAUACCACCGAUGUCUGACAAAACACCCAUCCAUUUUGUUCAUAAAGAAUGCUAGUUACUGUCUUAUGAGAGGACAACUCAUACUUAAAAAUCACUGCCUUACCCAGGCAAGCCAUGGAGGAUAAUGACGAUGACCCAUCAAGGAAAGGAGAUCAUCCAAGCUCUCACGAGGUGGAGGCAGGCAAAUCUCUGAGUUCAAGGUUAGCUUGGUCUACAGAGGCAAUACAGAAAAACCCUUUCUUGAGAAACCACUAUCAGGCUGGCCUUGAACUCCCUGGGAUCCACCUGCUUCUGCUCUAGGGUGCUGGGAUUAAAGGUGUAUACCACUACACCCAAUUUACUUAUUCUUUUUUUUAUAUAUAUGUUUGUGUGAGUACCUGUAGGGUUACAGGUUCUGCAUCUGCUUCGCCUUGGGGCUCGGCUUCUGGGGUAACUGCACUGUUGCCAGGCGGGUUGGCCAUAGGGCAGCCCUAGGAUUCCACUCCGGGGAUGGAGAAGCACAAGUCUUAUGCGGGAGACAGCCAGAGCUGGCUGGGGGAUCCCUGGGUCUGUGAAGAGGCCGGGGCCAUCUGGUUCUCAUGCUCUUGGACAUGGAAGCUGUGGAAGAGCUGAGAAUGGAGUGGAGGCCCGAAGGCUGGCUCUAACCCUGGGCUGGGGGAGGAAAAGGGAGCUCUGGCUGGUCCUGCAGGGAGAGUCCUUGGCUUGAGCUUGACUUGGUGGCAGCCAUGACUAGGAACACAGAAAGGCCUUCUAUGGGAAAUUCAUGGCUCCCUAUGGCAGAUCGCAAUGAAAAGAGGCAGUUCAUGGUUUAAAAGCAUUUAUUGUCAUGGCAGAAAGUGGACGAGGAAAACUGUACCCCCUUUCUCAGGGUGGGCCUGAGAUUAAAUACCUUUUGCAGGAAGAAGUGUCUGGGAAGGAAAGUUUAUUGGCUAAGCCCUCCAAGCCUUUAGGUAUCUCAUUAAAAUGGAGAUCUGUCUUGAGCCUACUGACCACAUCCUCUACACAUGGAGGGGCUUGGGGCGUUGCCCUUAUGUGAUUGAUAGCCACAAAUCUAUGGGGGCCUGCAGCUAGUGACAGGGACCUGAUGCCAGGGAAUCAAGGCAAAGCGCCUACCAUCCUUGCAGGGUUUCCGGGACUUCAUGCCUUAGCUCAACCAGGGACAAAGCUACCUUUCACGGUCCCACAAAUUAUGUAUGUGUAUGGUUUGUGGGAGGUGCCCAUGGAAGACUAAAGAGGCUGUUGGGUAUUGGAUUUUCUGGAACUGGAGUUGCAGACAAUUGUGAGCCAUGAGUUUACUGGUAACCAAACCCAGGACCUCUACAAGAACACCAAGCACUUUUUUUUGUUUGUUUGUUUUUGUUUUUUAAGGCAGGGUCACUCUGUGUAGCCCUUGCUAUCCUAGAACUUGAUCUAUAGACCUCAAACUCCAAGAUCCUUCUGCCUCUCAGCCUCCUGAGUUCUGGGAUUAAAGGCCUACACCACUCUCACAUGGGUACAAUGUGGACUCGGCCUCAGGGCAUUAUUAUUAUACAGAGAGUAACUUCUUGUGUUAAGGAAAGGUUAAUGAAGUCAGAAUUUUUUAAUUUAUUGUUUUCAGCAAGUAAUGAACUUGACAAGGUCUUGUGAUUUGAUUAUUGAUUAUUGAUUUGUCUUAUUUGAUUUGUUAUACAUAUUCUUCAUUGGACACAUGUACAAAGGAUAGAAACUAUAUGAGAUACCAAUGGUAACAUAUAGGGUGAGAUACAUAUUGUUUUAUAUUUGCAUAGCUUUCUUGUCAAUGAAAAAUUGUAGGAUUUUGGUAUUGCAGAAGCUAUAUAUACUGCUUUCUCAGCCUAUUCUCUUCUCUUCCUCCUUCUUUUGCUCCUUCGUGCCUGCCUGCCUACCUCCCCUCCUUCUUCUAUCCUUACAAGUCCUUCGCCUCAGUCUCUAAGAAUCGGCCUUACUGUGCAUCAUCUGCAAGGCCGGAACUUACUACGUAGGCCAGGCUGGCUACAAACCUCCCUUUCGUGCCUUCACCUCCAUGUGCUGAGGUUAUAGCAGUGCCAGCAUCCUCGCUUCCUAUCGUUCUGAAAUAGUUUACUGAUCUUCGAUUUCCUCUGCAUAAGAUCGAGACAUAUUUAUCAUAGCACAUAUCACUUGGUUUAACAUUGUUUAUUAUUCUUCUAUAUGUGCCUAACUUUCUGGCCAUGAUGAACAAUUUGUUAUUUUAGAAUAUAACUUAAAGUUUAAUUAUGCUGUCAUUUCAUGAGUACACAAAAGUCAAGUAUCAGGCCAGCCUUAGCAGCCCCCUUUCACUAGUAUCAUUUUAUAGUCUUGUUCAGUCAGACUUUUAAAUUUCUCAGUUGCUUAAAAUGUAUACUCAAGUUUGACUUGCUCAUAUCAGUAGAUAGUGUCCAUCCACUCAAUGCAUUUGGUGGACAACUUUAAAAAUUUCUCUUAUUUCUUUUAACUUUUAUCCUUCAUAUAUUUCUCUUCCAAAUUCCAGAAUGUACUGAUUCCUCUCAAUUUUACCAGUGCAUUUGUCAUGUUCUUUCCCCUUGAUUUUUCUUUCCUAAAGUUGGGCAAAACAUUAGUGUCUUUUAUAAACACAACUUUUAAGAUGACUUGCUUGAACUGUCACAUUGAUAAUUAAAAUAAAAACACUACUUCAAAGAGCAUUACCAUAUUACUGUAAACUCAACGUUCUAACCCUAGCGAGAAACAAAAGUCAUUGUUAGUUACUAGGAAACCGGGAUACUUCGAUCACAGGAUGCAAACUUAGUAUUUGAACUUAUCAAUAUGACAGUUCACAGGCAUGAAGAGAGGGAAGUGAAGUGAUUGCUCUAGAUAAAAACUGAAAAUAAAUCAACACAAAACGUAGGAAAAUAUUUGACAUAAGUCUAAUUUUUUUCCUUGUUUAAAAGCAAUCUUAGCUGGGUAUGGGAGUGUGGCACAUACCUAUAAUUCCAGGUCUGAUGAUGUCUUGGGCCCUAGGUAAGGCCAGCCUUGACUAAAAACGAAGGUGAAGAUGUCAGCUUACUGUCAACAACUAAAAUAUCUUACAUUUUGCUAACAAGUUAUUAUGGAAUAUUUGUUCUAUAUAUUUACCUUUUGUGGCUGGAGAAAUUAAUUUAUUUGUUCUGUCUUUCAUAAUUUCGCUGGGGAUUGAGCCAAGUACAUGAAGUAGAGUAAGCAAGGACCAUGCCACAGACCUACAGAAAAGCUGCAGUGUGUUCUCCAAGCUUCACCUUGUCCCAGGGAGUGAAAGUCGCAGAUCCCAUGUCCAUAUCCCCACAUGACAUUUUCCUACAUGACCCCAGUGUAGCAAAUGGGCAGUCAGUACAACAAAAGCUUCGAGGGAGGGAAACAGACUAAAAUUAAAGUCCUGGAUUCCAGUAGUAGAAAACUGCUUGAUCACACAGUAUUCUACUGAUAAGAUUGAUUGUUAAGCAGUUAUAAUGUUUCAGUAAGGUACUGGAAACUGCUGAGAAGCUUGUCAGAAAAGUUAGAUGGUUUGGGAAUUGUCCAUAAUCUGUGACAAGAGCACUAAGGGGAAUAGGGGAGGAAAGACAACAGCAGGGCUUCCACUGUGUGUGUGUCUGCGCACACACAGAGUUGCUCAUGCCAGUUAGGGUUUGAGCCGUGUCCCCAGGGUCAACCCAGACUACUCUUUGUUUCAGGGUCUAGCUCUAGUCUCCAGAUCUUAGUGCUCACCAUUUGAAACUCAGCAUGAAAAGAAUUCCAUACUUUCUCUACUAGGUCUCCCAUUUCUUUUACCUUCUCUGCUGCUAAACCUUGGUCCAGGAAGCAGCUUCUGACUCUUCUUACAGCUCAACCAUACUCCAUCCUUACCUCAUGGUCUCUGCAUCUUUGCAAGGGCAGAAGAAAGAGCUUAAAAAAUCUACCGUAGCUUUAUUAUCACUAACCUGAUAUUUUGAGAAAACGGCUCACUUUUAUUUGUAUGUAAGUUGAUUCCUAAAAUUACUAUGAUUGAAUUAUAUCCCACACAGCAUAGCUAAAAGCCCGGUCUCUUUAAAGAUUAUCUUGUUUUCUAUUCUAUGUCCCCCUAUUUAGUAGCAAUUAGAUCUUUAUUUUUUUAUUUGGUGUGUAUGAGUAUAUUACCUGCAUGUAUGUGUGUGUAUACUGUAUACAUUCCUAGUGCCCAGAGGCCAGAAGUGGACAUCAGUCUUGGAACUGGAACUACAGGCUAUUGUGAACUGCUGGAAACUAAGUCAGGGUCCUUUGGAAGAGUGGCCAGUGAAUGCUAGUACUCUUAAGUACUGAGUCAUCUCUCUAGCUCCCCUCAGUGGGACCCUUCUUUCACGCAAGUGUCCUUAUCUAUAAAGUAAUAAUUAGCAGCAGUCCAGAGUCUAAUCAGAUCAGUCUUAAGUGUCAACUGGGUCGAUACAUGUGAGCUAUUAGGAAUUGGGAGAAUAGUCCUUGAUGCCAAACAGUAAGUGUCUUAGCUUAUAGCAACAUUUUAGUAGUUGUUUGUCUUAUGUCCCUCUGUCCUUCUGUAACUACAGCAGUGUCUAUCCUUGUCAGUUUGCCACCCUCCAUCUCUUUGUUAAUGUUAUUACUGAUUUUUCCUUCUGGAUUAAAUGAGUUAAUAUCCACAAAUACUUAAAGCAGUGCCUGGCACUAACUAAUUGAUUACUAAGUGAGACCGAGAGUCCUCUGCCUGACUCCUUACUGUGCUGUCCAGAUUGAUCCCUCCAGUACUGUUCGGAGAAUCCCAUUUCUCUUGUAACCUUCAGUUUUCCCAAAAGGAACAAUGAUAAAACGUCGUUCUCAUACCAGUAUCAGAUGACGUUCAGGGAACAGCUAUAAAGGAGGCGUUAAUAAAAGAUAACAUCUGGGCAGUGGUGGUACACACACCUUUGAGUCCAACACUUGGUAAGCAGAAGCAGGCGGGUCUCUGCGUUUGAAGCCAGCAGCCUGAGCCACAGAGCGAGUUCCAAGACAGCCAGGGCUGCCCAGAGAAACCUGCCUUGAAAAAAUAAAACAAAACAACAAAAUAUAAAUGUGGCUUUUGAAAUAGUGAAGUUUUAACUAUUUAAAGAUAUUGCUUACUAAAAUAGUCUCAUAUAUAUGUGUAUGUGUGUGUAUAUUUAUAUUAGCAAUGAUCAAAUUCAAGAGUCAGGUGUGGUGGCACAUGCCUCUAAUCUCAGACACUUUAAGGCAGAGGCAGGUGGAUUUUUGUUAGUUCCAGGACAGCAGAAGCUGACCCUGUCUCAAACAGACAAAGAAACAAAGAAACAAACAAAAAACCAAAUUAAGGUGAAUUUAUUUAUUUUCUACAUGACAUAAAUUUAAAUUUCAUCUGUCAUAGGUUUAAAACAAAGCAUGAAGGGUAAAGGCCAAAGAGGUUGAGAUUUUGCUGGAAAAUCACUGUGUUCAUGGAGAUAAUAAAAACAGUUUGAUUUCUCAAUUCAAAAAAGUAACAGUUGUUUGGUUCUUGCUGCCUUUAGCUGUGGAAAGAGACUUAAUUCUGAACUAGUCACUUGUUAAGUGGUCAUUUGCAUGACCUGCUCUUUAACCCUUUGUUCAUUGGCAGGUACUUUUAGUUCAAAUGUUAUAUUAUAAUUUUGUGAAGAAACUUAUUUUCCUCUGUAAAAACUUCACCGGAUUUAAAAAAAAAUACUCAGCCACAUACAGCCAUUUCUCCACUGUUUUAGUUCCCAGACGAUUUUUUAAAAACCCACACUUUCAUUGGGUACUUUAAAAGCCCGAGUGUAGGAAGUGGCAGGUUGAGAGUUAACGCCUUCGGAGGAAAGACCAGUCCACUGGGGGUUAAACUGCAGAGUCUAAUGGAAUAAUAACUGGUAGCACCAUCUGCUGGCCUACUUCCGCAGAAGGAGUCAGUAUUUUUAACGACAUCUCUAAUAUUCAUGCUGAUGCGUUUUGAUGCUUUGUGCAUUCGUUUCUUUCUGUGCUUUGUUGGCUAUCUGCUUACAGCUACUGAGGAAACAGCUUGUAGGAGGGCUUGCAGCCCUUAUCAUAGCUAAAGAGGAUGAACAGCAGACAUAAACUUGCCAAGGCAGGAAUGUGUUGAUAAAUCAAAAUGUGUGUUUGUGGACGGCUGUGCAUCUCUGGGUUGCAGCUUGCUAAAUAGGCCAUUUAGGAGUCUUCUUUCAAAGCUUUUUCCUUGAGCACUGCCUGAGGUGGCGAAAAAGCAGAGGGCAAGCCUUUGUCUGACGCCAAAAAUGUCUUCAGUGAAGAGGCCAAGAGGAAGGCCUCCAUCUUCCAAGAAGAGUGAUGGCUCUGGGACAUACAGUAGGCUGCAGAAUACCCAGGUGAGGGUCAUGUCUGAGAAGAAGCCAAGAAAGAAGGCAGAAUCGGAAAGCAAGCAAGAAAAGGCUAAUCGUAUAAUAUCGGAGGCCAUAGCCAGAGCCAAGGAGCGAGGGGAGCGCAAUAUUCCACGAGUGAUGAGCCCUGAGAACUUCCCUAGCUCUUCAGUCGAUGGGAAGGAAGAAAAGAGAGCGCAGAGGGUGAAGUCUAAGCCAAAAGACAGAGACAACAGAAAACCAAAAGCGUGUUCGAAGUUGAAAGAGAAGACAAAAAUUGGCAAACUCAUCAUUACACUGGGUAAGAACCACAAGAGAAGGAGCGAGUCUUCCGAUGAGCUGUCCGAUGCCGAGCAGAUGCCCCAGCACACAUUCAAGGAGCAGCACUCUCAAAAAAGAAGAUCAAAUCGACAAGUUAAAAGGAAAAAGUAUGCAGAAGAUGCAGAAGGAAGGCAGUGUGAGGAAGAGGUGAGAGGCAGCCUGAAAGUGAAGAGGACCUCGGCUCCUCCACCCGGAGAGCAGCCUCUCCAGUUAUUUGUGGAAAAUCCAAGCGAAGAAGAUGCUGCAAUUGUAGACAAAAUACUAGCUUGUAGGACUGUGAAAAAGGAGGUAUCACCUGGAGUUAUGCUUGAUAUAGAAGAAUUUUUUGUAAAGUACAAAAAUUACUCUUAUCUGCACUGUGAAUGGGCCACGGAACAGCAACUUUUGAAAGAUAAAAGGAUCCAGCAGAAAAUCAAGAGAUUCAAGCUAAGACAAGCACAGAGGGCACAUUUUUUGGCAGACAUGGAAGAAGAACCCUUUAAUCCAGACUACGUUGAAGUAGACAGAAUAUUGGAAGUUUCUUUUUGUGAAGAUAAGGAUACUGGUGAGUCUGUUGUUUACUACUUGGUAAAGUGGUGUUCGCUGCCUUAUGAAGAUAGCACCUGGGAAUUAAAAGAAGAUGUAGAUCUUGCAAAAAUUGAAGAGUUUGAACAACUGCAAGCUUCAAGGCCUGACACAAGACAAUUGGAUCGUCCUCCCUCUAAUAUUUGGAAGAAAAUAGAUCAAUCCAGGGAAUAUAAAAAUGGUAAUCAACUCAGGGAAUAUCAACUAGAAGGACUCAACUGGCUCUUGUUCAAUUGGUAUAAUAGACGAAACUGCAUUUUAGCAGAUGAAAUGGGUCUUGGAAAAACCAUUCAGUCAAUUACCUUCCUCUACGAAGUCCUCCUGACUGGUAUACGAGGGCCUUUCCUGAUUAUCGCACCGCUUUCCACCAUUGCAAACUGGGAAAGAGAAUUCCGAACAUGGACCGAUAUUAAUGUUGUCGUUUAUCAUGGGAGCCUGAUUAGCAGACAGAUGAUACAGCAAUACGAGAUGUACUUCAGGGAUUCUCAGGGGCGCAUCAUUCGAGGAGCAUAUCGAUUCCAAGCCAUAAUCACUACCUUUGAAAUGAUUCUUGGGGGCUGUGGAGAACUUAAUGCAAUUGAAUGGCGAUGCGUGAUUAUUGAUGAAGCACACAGGUUAAAAAAUAAAAAUUGUAAACUCCUGGAAGGUUUGAAGCUCAUGAAUCUGGAACACAAGGUGCUCUUGACUGGCACUCCUCUCCAAAAUACAGUGGAGGAACUGUUCAGCCUUCUUCACUUUCUCGAACCCUUAAGGUUUCCAUCUGAAUCAACCUUCAUGCAAGAGUUUGGAGAUCUGAAGACAGAGGAGCAGGUUCAGAAACUUCAGGCUAUCCUUAAACCGAUGAUGCUGAGACGACUGAAAGAAGACGUGGAGAAGAGAUUGGCCCCGAAGGAAGAGACUAUUAUUGAAGUAGAGCUGACCAACAUUCAAAAGAAAUACUACAGGGCUAUUUUAGAGAAGAACUUCUCGUUUCUAUCCAAAGGAGCUGGACAAACUAAUGUACCUAACUUGGUCAAUACCAUGAUGGAGCUCAGGAAAUGCUGCAAUCACCCGUAUCUUAUCAAAGGUGCUGAGGAGAAAAUAAUUGGAGAAUUUAGAGACACAUACAAUCCAUCUGCCUCUGAUUUUCAUCUGCAAGCAAUGAUCCAAUCUGCUGGUAAAUUGGUCCUCAUUGAUAAGUUACUUCCCAAAAUGAAAGCUGGAGGUCAUAAAGUGCUCAUCUUCUCUCAGAUGGUUCGCUGCCUUGACAUCCUGGAAGACUACCUUAUCCAUAAAAGAUAUUUAUAUGAGCGGAUUGACGGUAGAGUCAGAGGAAAUCUUCGACAAGCAGCUAUAGAUCGAUUUAGUAAGCCUGAUUCAGAUCGAUUUGUUUUCCUCCUGUGCACCCGAGCUGGUGGUCUGGGCAUCAACUUAACUGCAGCUGAUACGUGCAUAAUUUUUGAUUCUGAUUGGAAUCCUCAAAAUGACCUCCAGGCUCAAGCUCGUUGCCACAGGAUUGGUCAGAACAAAGCAGUUAAAGUCUACAGAUUAGUGACUCGUAACUCCUAUGAGAGAGAGAUGUUUGACCGAGCCAGCUUGAAACUGGGCCUCGAUAAAGCUGUGUUGCAGAGCAUGAGCGGAAGAGACAGUAAUGUCAGUGGUAUUCAGCAGCUUUCCAAAAAAGAAAUAGAAGACCUGCUUCGAAGAGGGGCGUAUGGUGCCAUUAUGGAGGAGGAAGAUGAAGGCUCUAAGUUCUGUGAAGAAGACAUCGACCAGAUUCUGCUUCGCCGAACAAAAACUAUUACAAUCGAAUCAGAAGGAUGCGGGUCCACAUUUGCUAAGGCAAGCUUUGUAGCAUCUGGAAACCGGACAGAUAUUUCCUUAGAUGAUCCCAACUUCUGGCAAAAAUGGGCUAAAAAAGCAGAACUAGAUCUAGAUGCCAUCAGUGGCAGAAACAGUUUGGUUAUUGAUACCCCAAGAAUUAGGAAGCAAACCAGACCCUUUAGUGCCACAAAAGACGAAUUGGCUGAAUUGUCUGAAGCUGAGAGUGAAGGAGAAGAAAAACCCAAACUCCGGAGACCCUGUGACCGGUCCGGUGGCUACGGAAGGACAGAGUGCUUCAGAGUGGAGAAAAACCUGCUGGUUUAUGGGUGGGGCCGAUGGAGAGAAAUCCUGUCUCACGGCCGUUUUAAGCGGCAGCUGAAUGAGCACGAUGUAGAAGUCAUUUGCCGUGCCCUCUUAGCCUAUUGCCUCGUUCACUAUCGGGGUGACGAGAAAAUUAAAGGUUUCAUAUGGGAUCUCAUCACUCCCACUGAGGAUGGCCAGACUCGUGAGCUACAGAAUCACUUAGGCCUCUCUGCUCCUGUGCCCCGGGGCCGAAAGGGGAAGAAAGUAAAGACUCAGACGAGCUCCUUUGAUAUCCAGAAGGCAGAGUGGCUUCGCAAGUAUAACCCAGAGCAGCUCCUGCAAGAUGAGGGUUACAAGAAGCACGUGAAGCACCACUGCAACAAAGUCCUGCUUCGUGUAAGGAUGCUGUACUAUCUAAAGCAAGAAGUCAUUGGAAAUGAGAGUCAGAAAGUAUUUGAUGGAGUUGAUGCAAGUGACAUUGAUGUUUGGGUACCAGAGCCAGACCAUUCUGAGGUUCCUGCUGCGUGGUGGGACUUUGAUGCUGAUAAGUCUCUUCUUAUUGGUGUUUUUAAGCAUGGUUAUGAAAAAUAUAACACCAUCCGAGCAGACCCAGCGCUCUGCUUCCUGGAAAGAGUGGGCAAGCCCGAUGAGAAGGCUGUUGCUGCUGAACAGAGAGCCAAUGACUACAUGGAUGGGGAUGUGGAAGACCCAGAAUACAAGCCGGCCCCGGCGAUCUUUAAAGAUGAUAUAGAGGAUGACGUUUCUUCCCCGGGAGAUCUGGUCAUAGCAGAUGGAGAGGGUCAGUUGAUGGAAGGGGACAAAGUGUACUGGCCUACCCCAUCAGCUCUGACCACACGGCUGAGACGCCUCAUCACUGCGUACCAGCGAACCAAUAAAAACAGACACAUCCAGCAAGCACAGCCAACCUUCUCAGUGCCUGCCAGUGUCAUGCAGCCUCUUUAUGAAGAAGCAGCCCUGAACCCUAAAAUGGCAGCCAAGAUAGAAAGACAGCAGAGAUGGACAAGGAGAGAAGAAGCUGACUUUUAUAGAGUUGUGUCUACAUUUGGAGUAGUUUUUGACCCAGACAGAGGACAGUUUGAUUGGACAAAAUUCCGAGCUCUGGCUCGGCUGCACAAGAAAACCGAUAACAGUCUGGAGAAGUACUUGUGUGCAUUCAUGGCCAUGUGUCGGAGGGUCUGUCGUCUUCCUUCCAAAGAAGAAUUGGUCGAUCCAAAUAUUUUUAUUCAACCAAUCACAGAAGAACGAGCUUCUAGGACAUUGUAUCGCAUUGAACUUCUUAGAAAAGUGCGGGAGCAGGCCCUUCGCCACCCACAGUUGUUUGAACGCUUGAAGCUUUGCCAUCCGAAUCCAGACUUACCUAUCUGGUGGGAAUGCGGCUCUCAUGAUAGGGAUUUGCUUAUUGGUGCUGCCAAACAUGGAGUCAGCCGGACCGACUAUCACAUUCUGCGUGACCCUGAGCUCUCAUUUAUGGCUGCUCAGAGGAGCUACAGUCAGAGCAAGGUGACUCACUCAAGGACUUCCACCCCACUGUUACAGCAAUACCAAGUAGUACUUUCUGCUUCUCCUCUUACCUCUUCGCCUAGACUGCUAGGUGCUAAAGGGCCUCUUGUAGAGGACGUGAGAGUUAAGAGUGAAAGCCUUGCAGAAGAGCCCCAGUCCUCUGAAGAAGAAUCUAUGUCUUCUAUGGAAACAAGGACACGAGUUAAAUCUGAGCCUGUAAGUCCAAAGAACGGUGUUUUAUCACAGGCUCCUGGAGAACAGAAAUCUGGUGGGAAAAGUGAAACAGACAGACGCAUGGUUGCAGCCAGAACAGAACCCCUAACUCCAAAUCCAGCUUCUAAGAAACAGAGAGUCCACAAAAGAGGGUCAGAAUCCAGUUCUGAUUCUGACUCUGACUCUGAGCGCUCAUCGUGUUCUUCCAGAUCCUCCUCCUCCUCUUCUUCCUCCUCUUGUUCACACUCUCGAUCAGGCUCUAGCUCUUCUUCAUCCUCAUCUUGUUCUUCGGCAUCCUCCUCUUCCUCCUCAUCCUCCUCCUCGUCAUCAUCAUCUUCUUCAUCAUCAUCCGAAGAAAGUGACAGUGAAGAAGAGGUCCAAAAGCGAGAAGGUACGCCUCACGCGAAAGCCUAUGACGAGGAAAGUGUCGCGUCACUGAGCGCUACCCAGGACGAAACCCAGGACGGAACCCAGGACAGCUUCCAGGCAAGCAAUGGAGCACCAGAGUCCGCGCACUUGUUACAGGGCGGAUAUAUGCUGGCAGCCUCAUACUGGCCGAAGGACCGGGUAAUGAUCAACCGCUUGGACAGUAUUUGUCAAACAGUUCUGAAAGGGAAGUGGCCGUCAGCUAGAAGACAUUAUGAUGCUAACACAGUGGCGUCUUUCUAUACCACAAAACUGCUGGACAGUCCCGGAGCAGCUACAGAAUACAGCGAGCCCAGUGUCCCCACGCCCCCAGCUGUGGCUGUCAAAGAAGAGCAUGAACAGUCACCACAGAUGUCAAAGGUGAAGAAGCAUGUACGAGAAAAGGAGUUUACAGUGAAAAUCAAAGACGAAGGUGGUUUGAAGUUGACAUUUCAGAAGCAGGGACUUGCCCAGAAAAGGCCGUUUGAUGGUGAAGAUGGUGCCGUGGGCCAGCAGCAGUGCCUCCCCCGGCCUCGGGAGCUGCAGAGCACAUCGGAGACCAGCGUUGUGAACACCUCCAAGUCUAUCCCAGCAUCAGGUUCUUCCAUUCAGUCAACCCUUGGUGCCAAUGGAGCAAUACUAGACAGCCAGCCUAUAGUGAAGAAAAGGCGGGGAAGGAGGAGGAAUGUAGAAGGUGCUGACAUCCUCUUUCUGAACAGAAAUAAGCCACCUAAUCAUAUUUCCACAGGGAUGAAUCCAGCACUGUCCUAUCCUCAGCCUCAAAGAAUUCCUGAUACAGAAAGUCCUGUUCCAGUUAUUAACCUCAAAGAUGGGACACGGCUCGCAGGAGAUGACGCACCGAAGAGAAAGGACCUGGACAGAUGGCUUAAGGAGCACCCCGGUUACGUGGAGGACUUAGGAGCUUUUAUUCCAAGAGUGCAGCUUCACGAGGGAAGACCCAAGCAGAAAAGGCAUCGGUGCCGAAACCCGAACAAACUAGACGUCAACAGCCUCACUGGAGAGGAGCGAGUGCAGCUGAUCAACAGAAGGAACGCAAGAAAGGUUGGAGGUGCAUUUGCUCCUCCUCUGAAAGAUUUAUGUAGAUUCCUGAAAGAAAAUUCAGAAUAUGGAGUAGCUCCUGAGUGGGGAGAUGUUGUUAAGCAGUCCGGGUUUCUUCCAGAAAGUAUGUAUGAACGUAUUCUCACUGGUCCUGUUGUGAGAGAGGAAGUGAGCAGGCGGGGGAGAAGGCCUAAAAGUGGAGUUCCCAAGGCUACCAUAGCAGCAGCGGCUCCUGGCAGCAGUGGACCAGGCAAUCCUUUGCUGGCCAAUGGAUUACUUCCAGGCGUGGAUCUCACAGCUCUGCAGGCCUUACAACAAAAUCUGCAGAACCUGCAGUCGCUGCACGUGACUGCGGGGCUGAUGGGCAUGCCUGCUGGCCUUUCUUCUGGAGGAGAAGCUAAAACCAUGGCUGCUAUGUUUCCCAUGCUGUUCUCAGGAAUGGCCGGGUUACCAAAUCUGCUAGGCAUGGGAGGACUCCUGUCAAAGACUGCAGAAUCUGGGGCUGAAGGAAAAAAAGGAAAUGACUCUAAGGAGCUAGAAGGAAAAAAAGAAAGGACAGAGAGCCAAAGUCCGGAGAACGGAGGAGAACGCUGUGUGCCAGGUUCUCCUUCGACUUCCUCCACGGCUGCAGCUACCAAGCCCUUAGCUCUUAACCCACUGUUGCUGUCCAACAUGCUUUACCCAGGGAUGCUGCUCACGCCAGGCCUUAAUCUUCAUCUUCCCGCCUUGUCUCAGUCCAAUACUUUCGAUGUACAGAAAAACAAGAGCAGUGACUUAGAGUCAUCUAAGUCAGUCGAAAUAAAGGAAGAAGAUUCCAGAGGUAGAGAUCAGGAAGAGAAAGGGGGAACUGAGCCUAGUCCUCUCAACGAGAACAGCACAGACGAGGGUUCAGAGAGAGCCUCCUCCGGGUCCGAUAGUUCAUCAUCGUCAUCUGAGGAUUCAGACUCAAGCAAUGAAGACUGACCAGGGACUCCGCAACCUCAUCCUGAACUGGCUUUGCCUUUUUGUUAGUUACUAACUGUAAAUAUCCCAGUGCUGAGUGCAUCAGUAACUUACGGACAGAGCGUUUCGGUUGUUUGUUUAGAAGUGCAAACUGCUUUCAGAGAUGUUUUGCAUGUCCUCUUUCUUAAGAUCCUAAGUUUCUGAACUCGAUGUACUAUCAGACACAUACACGUAUAAAGUUACAACAAAAGGCAUUAUAAUUUUGUUGGGGGUUAAUUUUAUGAAAAUGAUGCUCAAUAAGAGUUGUAUAUUUAAUAUAUUUGCAGUGAACACAGAAUACUUUAUGCAUAUUACUGAUUUAAUUUGAAUAUAGUUUUACAGCCUCCUUGACACCUAUAAUUUACAGAUCAAAACUCAGCAAUAAUGUGGGCAGCUAAUGAAUGUCAUAAAAGCUGUAGACUCCCCAUCGCCACCAUUGCUUUAACCCACGAACGGCUCUAGUGUCGCGGUGCACUGCUGACGUCUCCAAUUCAGGUACAAGUAUGUGUUAAAGAAGAAGUGAGUUUCCCAAUCAGCCAAUUUAUCUGGCUACCUGUUACCUCAGCUGAGUUAGUUUAGGAAGUUUACAUUCGUUUCUAAUUCUGUGCUUGUUUUCAGGGGUUUUUAGACAUAUCCUUUCCAUCAUGUCAAUCUGGCAAGCAGCGUGACUUGCAUUUUACUGAGCUGAACUCAGAAAUCAGUGAAAACGAAGUCAUAAAAGGCUCUUGUGUCAUAUGGCUUUGGUACCCUGUACACAUUCAUUAGAACUUCUCAAAGUUUGGCCUCCUAUUAAAAACAAUUAUGUCUCAGAUGAAUAAUGUCUUGUUUCCAGGGUUCAGAAAGGCAAACUCAUGAAAUGCCACUGAGAACUUUGAACAUAGUGCCCUUCACGUACAGGAAAGUGUUUGUUUGCUUUAUUUGUAUAGGUUUCUGUUUGUGUCUUUUGUCCUGGAAAUAUUCCAAAAUAACAGGUAAUAGUAGUCAAGUAAUAUGCAGAUAGUCUGAAUUAAUUGAGUUUCUAGGAGUAAGAAGUCAGCAUGUUACCCAGAGUCAGUGUUGGGCUAUCAGUUUAUAAUAAGUGCUGAGAUGCCCGCUUUGAAAAUGCACUUUGACUAAUCUCAAAACGAUGUACAAAUGAUACCUAUGAAGUCCAAGGCUUCUGUUCUGUUUCUUACAAUCCUCUGUCAUGUACAAUUUGUCUGGUAUUUGAUUUGUGAUAUCAUUUCUCCUGCUAAAGCUGCUAUCAUUCUGACAAGGUAGAGGUCCAAGGUUUACCUUUAUAUACAUUGGAAACAAUUAGAACAGACUUAGACAUUCUAAGGAGAGAUAAAUAUUAGCAUUUCCCUCGUGUCUAAAUAAAUCGUGCUAAAGUCUGCAAGGUGGUAAAUUUGGGAGGAGUACCCCAGUUCUUUACUAUGGGAAAACUGACUUCCAGUGUGUUUUAAUUAGAGCUGUUGUUUGUCAUGGACUAAGCAAUUGUACUGGGUUUCCCAAGACCUUUACCAGUAAGUUAUGUUUCUGUAUGUAAAAACGUAACCCAUUACUAGACAAUGUUAUAUGUAUCUACCAAAUUAUGUAAGUUCCAUCGGGAUUGUAUUAUUAAUUUUUGUAUUUUCUCAAAAUAGUACUUUGAAUUGAUAGUUCUUUCUGCAAUGUCUUAGCAAUAGUCGCUGUAACGCCCAUCCAGGAGCACUGGGUAGUGUCCUUCACCAUGGAAAUGAUAUACUACAUAUUCCUGUGUUCCCUUUGCAGUAUUGCACUUUUGUUUAAUUAGAACAUACCUGUGAGAUAGCCAAAGGUUUUCAGACUGUUACCUUGGUUUGCAGUGGAGUGUUUCGAUUCCACCCGCACCCCGUUGUCCCCUAGGUCUACCAUACGACCUUUAUUCCUCUCUUUCCCAAUUAAAAGAAAAAAAUGAAGUUUAAAAAAAACCUUAGAUCUUGUCAUUAAAAUCUAAUUUAUAGCAAAAUCUAUGAGAUAAAGUAUUUUCCUAAUUAUGGUCUAAUAAAUUUGGGUAACAUCCUAGUGAUUCUCUUUCUAUAUACGAGUCAGUUACAGUUUUCAAAGCAUCAGGCUAAUAGUAACUUUAAACACUCUCUUGGGUUUCAAGACAUGUCUUUGUAGAUUGAUCGGGGGAAGGUUGUCCAGGCGUCAGCUAAGAAAACCAUGCAGUUAUGGAAAUGUAAAGUUAGGUUAUGGGAAAUGAGUCGAUGGAGUUACACAACACUUAAGCAGCAGGCGGAAGGCUAUCCCAGUGCGUGUUGGUAGUGACCGAGAGAGUUAUAGCUGGUCUUGCCUUGUAUUUUACCCCUUGGUUCAGGUCUCACGACUCAGUCUUAGUCCAAUGUUUCUUUUGGACAUUUGCAAUAUUUACCAGUUGUGUUUUGUGUAGUCGACAUUUGCUUUCUGUAGUGGAGCAAACGUCUUAAAAAGUCAUUUGUAAUUUAUUAAAUUACUUUCUAUGAUGUUCUAUAGAGCAAAUGGAAGUUUAAUUAUUUUUUAUUAAACAUAUUCUUUGACUACC